AUUUCCUCUCUUCUCCAGUCUCAGAUCACGUUGGUAAUUUUCAACAUUUAUUCACCCUAGUUGUAAAUUUUCUGCUUUUUGUUUUCUAUAGGUUUUCUUUACCAUUUGGUAUAUUAUUCCUCUAUACUUAUUAACUUUCCUGGAUAUUUGACCUUGGAUGAUAUUUUGUUCCUUGAUUCACCUCUUGCAGUGGGUAAAUUGUCUUUGUCCUAAAUUAAGAGGAUAUGUUCCCUGCUGCAUUAUCCAUUAAGAAGGCAUUUGGUUCCAGUUAAACUUGUUGCUGGGUAAUAAAGAGACCACCAAUACUCAGUGCCCAGAGCUAUAUGAAUAUUGAACUAAAGGACAAGAGACUUGUGUCCCUACUCUAAAUUCCUGCAAUAACUUUGUGCCAGAAGUGGGAUUCUCUCACUGCAAGAUAUUUUGAACCACAACUCACACAAAAGAGGAACACAAAAGGAUCCCACAGCUACGUAUCAGGAAUAUUUGCAUAGAUAUAUAAAAAAGAUUUGAUUUUUUUUUGCAAUGUCAACAUGCUCAAAAACUGAGUGAUGAGAAACAAAGUGAUAGAAAAAAAAGCAACAGCAAAAGAAAAAAAAAAAAAGAUAUAAGAGAGGAAGGAAGCCAAAAAAUUGAGACAGAGGGAGGAGACAAGACAGUGUGUAGUCAAGAAGAGAUAUGAGAAAGAAGGAAGAAUGCUUUAAAUAAUAUAGAGGAGAAAGACAAAGAGAUAUGAAAGAGAUAAAACUGAACGAGAGGAAUUCAGAAGACGAAUACAGUUGACCUGGCUUGACCCUCCCUGGAAUUUAGUGGGGAUGUUGGCAGAUGGGGCAUCAUAUGAAAUGAUUGAGUUGCAGAGAUUGGAGCCUCGUGAUAGACUAGAUUUGACACAGAGCUCUAGAAGUCACCGUUUGGAGCGUACCAAUGCCGUAAGGAUCCCCCCAGGGAGGGUCGCCCCCAUACUUCAGCGCAGCAUAAGACGGAGAGUACUGGGUGUAACGAAUGAACCCUCACCACCUGGGAGAGUUGGAGAGGGGCACUAUUUCCAACCUACAUCCCACACACAGUACACCUGGUGUGACCUCUGCGGAGACUUUAUAUGGGGUAUCUACAGAAAGAGUCUUCGUUGCAUGUACUGUAACUUCACGUGUCACUACAGAUGCCGGGCGUUCAUCCAGCUAGACUGCAGUAGAGGAGACGAUAUAGAGAGCGAGGCUGAUUCUGUCCAAGAGACUUCCUGGGAGAAAGACACUAAUGUGGAUGAGAAACCAGAAAAAACACCAGUGGUCUUGAGCCACAAAGAGAUUGAACAGAAAAUUAAGGAUUAUAAUUCUCAGAUCAAGAGCAAUCUCUUUAUGAGCCUGAAUAAAGAUGGCUCAUACACAGGGUUUAUAAAGGUUCAGCUGAAGCUCAUUCGGCCAGUUUCCGUUCCGGUCACUAAGAAGCCAACAUGCUCAGAUCGAAAAAAUGGGGGGCGUUCACAAACCCCAAAACGCAGGACAUCUUUCUACCUCCCCAAAGAUGCUUCCAAACACCUGCACCUCAGUUCACGCACGCCUGCCAGUGAGGUUAUCCAGGCUCUUCUGCGCAAGUUCACUGUGCUUGAUAAUCCCAGGAAAUUUGCUCUUUUUCAGCGAACAGAGCAAGACAAGCAAGUGUCACUACGCAAAUUAUCGGAUGAUGAAGAACCACUUAAGCUGCGUCUGCUCUCUGGACCCUGCGAUAAAACUCUGAGCUUUGUAUUGAAAGAGAACGAGACUGGGGAGGUGAACUGGGAUGCAUUCAGUAUGCCAGAACUGCAAAAUUUUCUCCGCAUCCUUCAACGAGAGGAGGAAGAGCACAUGCGCCAGAUCAUCCAGCGUUAUACACGCUGUCGCCAACAAAUGCAAGAAGAAUUGGCAUCACGUACACCUGGCUGAAUCUUCAUGUGACUCCACCUGAUAACUUAAGAGAGCAUGAAGACGGCGAGAGUGAUCCCAAAGGCGCAAGCGCAGAGUGAUUGGAGACUGAGUGCAGAAUGAGGCACUUACGGAGUGCAGGGGUCCGUAGACUCCGCCCAGGGGAGAGAUGUGAGUGAACGAGAGAGAUAGUGUGUCUGUGUGGGACACGAAGAACUGCGCUGAUGAGAGAGGCACAAAUUGCCUACGGCUUUGCUGCAGUUCUGCAACUGACUGUCUGAUAAACUGUGUCCUUAGCAAAAUCCUGUGAUAUAACCCAGGCCAUUGUAUAACACUGCCCCAGCAGUGCCUUCUAACUCUGGCAGCACAGGAUUCAAAGGAGGGGACCCAGGACAUGACUGAUAUUCCAGCUCCUGCGGUGUGUUUUUGCUUGAUGUGCAGGAGUGAUCUGUUUACAUGUGUGAUCUUGUAUGUUUCUUUUUUAUGUUUGUCUCUGUUUGUGCGUAUUGUUCAGACACAUAAAGAUGUGUACAGUAAAACUAAAAUAUUCACCUGUA